CAAAGUUUUAUAAUUAAUUUUUUUUUCUAGCUGUAUUGAAUUCCCCCCCUUUGAAAUAAUUAUUGAAUUGUUUUAAAAUAUUUUUAUAUCUAUUUAAAUAGUGUUUCAAAGAUACAGAUUCAGUAUUUUGCAAUGCUUGGUAUUGGAGUAUUACAAUGAAUGUAACUCAAUCAUAGGUUAAAAGGAAUCAUCAGAUUUUGUGGUGAUGCAUUCUUGAAUAAAUUGUCCUAAUAUGGAACAAAAGGCACCUGAAAAAUUUUCAUCUAGGAAUCAAAAAGCUCUAGAAAAAUAUAUUAAAGCUCUCCUUUCAAAGUUUCCUCAUGCAGUUGUUCAAUCACGAUGUGGUGAGAAGAGAAAUCGUAAAGAUUAUAAAUUAUCAGGAAAUAACAUUUUUGGAAUUGUGAUUGAUGAACAUCAUGAAAUUCAAGAAAAGGUCAAAGAAGCAUGUGCUAACAUAAAUCCAUUGCAAGAAUUCUGUCUCUGUGUUGAAAUAUUAUUAAAAACUGCUGAAGGUGACACACUAAUAUUAGAGGCAUGGAAUCUUCGUUUAAACAAUUCAAAAACAUAUUGGGAUCCUAAAUUUAAAAGAUUUGCUGCUCCAGAAAUUAUUUUCAGCAAUCUAACUAUUCUUCUCAAAUCUAUUAUCUGUGUAACACGAGCUGUCCCAGCCUUCAAACUUUCUCUUGGACAAAGUGCUACUUCCUAUGUAAUAAUGUACAGAAUUUAUCCUGGCGAACCUCAGGUUCAUCAACUUGGAAACAAUCCUCAUGUAAAUAAAAUCGGUGAAGUGCACACUCCUGUUGGAACAGUAUCUGUAUCAGUUGCAUAUCGUUCCAAAACAGAGAUGACAAUUACUCCUCAAAAUUCAGAGAAAGAAAAUUCUUUCAUGGUUAAAAGUGAUUACUUUAAUGUAGAUAUGAGUCCUAAAAGAGCAAGUUGUGGGGAAAAUAUAAUUAACAAGGUGCUUCGAAACUCAACAAAUACUCCAUGUGUUGGUGCUUUUGCUUUACCUAGCAACUCUCCUGAACAAGCAUUUCCUGAGCUAGAUUUCCUUCAGAAAACUUUUCUCCAUCCAACUCGAAGUCGUCUUAUUGAAGAGAAAGAUGCAUCAAUAGAUAAUGAUAAUGUCAUUGGAGAUUUGAAUUCUAAUCUGAUUACAAUUCAAGAAGCCAAAAAUAACCAUGAUGCAAUUUGUGAACGACUUGCAUGUAGUGACAUAUCUGAUGGCAGUGAUUUUGUGUUAAUAGAUAAACCUCCAUUUGCAAACAGUGACUCAGAAGAUGACCUUAAUGUUUUUUAUAAAGAAUGCCAAAGUGCACCAUCCCUUUCAUCCUUUUCUAAUCAACCAACACUACAAGAACAAGUCCUUGAUGUCACAAAUCAACUUGAAAAAUUCGAAAUCAGCAUGUUGGCUUUUGAUAAUUUUGUUGAUUCUGUUUGUCAUGUAGACACUGAAGGUUGAAAUUUUUUCUUCCCAAUUUUUUUGUACAUACAAUGUUUUUAUUAUAAUUAUUAUUUAUCAUUGAAUAAAUGACUAUUUUUAAA